AUGGCUGGCAAUGGACACAAUGACAUCUCUAAUGACAUCAAAGCUCCUGACAAGCGCUUGCUAUUGGGCCAGGGACACAAUGACAUCUCCAAUGACAUCAAGGUCAAGGUCCCUGUGCCAUCUAGGGUGGCCAAGGGGCAUGAUGACAUCUCCAACAACAUUAAGAAGGGGCCUGACAUUGCCCUAGCUAUCCCCAUAGAUGAGGCAAGUGCCAUGGCUCUCCCUGCUCCUAGACCCUCCAUGCCAUUGUCCACUGGCAUGGGUCAUCAAAUCAUGAAUGACCCUCCCCCUCCCUAUGAACCACAGUUCAAGUCCAUGCCUUCUCUGAUCCAGGCACCGGCUCAGGUGGCCAGCAGCCACCAUGUCUUCACCAAGAAGACCCUCGCCAAGCUCACUGACCAACACUACUUUGAGCAUCAGUAUGCCAAAGGCAUCAAGACUGGCAAGAACCUUUGUGUGUCAUAUGAAGCUACUGGUACCCAGUAUUACCACAAUUGGUGCCACAGCUGGGAUGUCUGGUGGCAUGGCUGGUCCCAGGGCUAUGCACCUGUGGUGUCAAUUGUUCUCACUGCCAGUCCUGUGGAUCCCAAGCCUCUCCCUGUCCACUAA